UGGUGGCUGCGCGACAUGUACCUGAACGUGCGGCUGCCCCUGCCCGUCCACUCCAACCCGGGCUACGUGCUGCCGCCUCGCUGCUUCCGGUCCGCGCAGGACAUGGCGCGCUUCGCGGCCAGGAUGGUCUCCGGCAUCCUGCAGCACAAGGAGGUCCUGGACCGGAAGGAGCUGCCCGUGGAGAGGGCCGCGUCCCGGGAGAAGGGCCAGCCGCUGUGCAUGGCGCAGUACUACCGCCUGCUGUCGUCCUACCGCAGUCCCGGGGCGGACCGCGACGUCCUCGUGUCGCGGCUGGAGAGCCGCGGGGAGCGGGAGGGGGGCCGCAGCACGCCGCCGCCGCCUGGCGAGCACGUCAUCGUGGCCUGCAAGCAGAAGCUGUACUGCCUGCCCGUGAGCUCGCCGGGCCAAGGCGCGGCCUCGGAGGACGAGCUGACGGCGGAGCUGCUGGCCGUCAUGAGGGACGCCGCCAGCUCGCCGCGCUGUCCGCCCGUGGGGCUGCUCACCGCAGAGAGGCGCGACACCUGGGCUGCCCUGCGCCAGCACCUCUACAACGACGAGCGCAACGCGCGCAGCCUGAAGCUGAUCGAGAAGAGCCUGCUGAUGGUGUGCCUGGACGAGCCCUUGCCGCCGAGCUUCAACGGGCCGCCGCGGGGCGGCGCUGGGCGCGACGAGACCAACAUGGCGCACCAGAUGAUCCACGGCGGCGGCAGCGCGGCCAACUCUGCCAACCGCUGGUUCGAUCUCACCGUGCAGCUGGUGGUGUCGCCGGACGGCGCGUGCGGCGUGUGCUACGAGCACUCGGCGGCGGAGGGCGUGGCCGUGGUGCAGCUGGCCGAGGACGUGCUGCGGCGGGUGGACGCCACGGUGGCGGGGGUGGCGGGGGCGGCGGGGGCGGCGGCGGGGGUGGCGGCGGCGGAGGGCGGGCCGGCCCGCGCCUCCAGGCUCGACUGGGCGGCGGACCAGACAGUGGAGCACGCCCUGCGGCAGGCUGCCGUCCACAUCGACACCUUGGUGGAGGAUCUAGAUCUGUACGUGUAUCGCUACCUCGAGUACGGGAAGAAUUUCAUCAAAUCGUGCAGAGUGAGCCCGGACGCCUACAUCCAACUGUCUCUGCAACUUGCUUAUUACAGGAUGUACCGCCGGCUGGUCGCCACGUACGAGAGCGCGUCCACCAGGCGCUACCUGCUGGGGCGGGUGGACUGCAUCCGCUCGGCGACCGCGGAGGCGCUGGCCUGGGCGGCGGCCAUGUGCCAGGACGAGACCGGCUCGGAGGGCGACGAGGAGUCCUUGCUGGGCAAGAAGGUCACCUUCAGCCUGCACACCGCGGAGGAGAGGCUGAUGUUGUUCGAGGCGGCCAUCAAGAAGCAGACGGAGAUCAUGGUGGACAACAUCACGGGCCAGGGGAUCGACGUGCACCUGCUCGGCCUGAGGGAGAUGGCGCGCGAGCUGGGGGAGCCCGUCCCGGAGAUCUUCAAGGACGAGGCGUACCGCACCGCCAACCACUUCGGCCUGUCCACCAGCCAGGUCGCCACCUCGCUGGAGUCCGUGAUGGGCUACGGGCCGGUGGUGCCGGACGGCUACGGCGCCUCCUACAACCCCAAGCCCGACUGCAUCGUGUUCUGCCUGUCGGCGUUCAAGUCCUGCGAGCACACCAGCACCGCCCGGUUCGCGCGCAGCCUGGAGGAGAGCCUGGGCGCCAUGCGACAGCUGCUGGGAGCGCGGGCCCCGUAGGCGCGUCCUCUUCCUCCUCUUCCUCCACCGACGACGACAGCAGCAGCUCUCUUCGG